AUGUCCAAAACUCUGGAACCACCAGACGAGCGCGGCGAUACAAGCUUCAAUACGAUGCCAUCAUCAAAAACGAUGGAAGCAAAACAAAUGCACAUGAAGAAGUUAGAAUCAGCGGCAGACGCCAUAGUGAAAGACUACGGCAGAGCGGUAGAAGUAGAAGGUGCUGCUGCGAGUGCUAUGUCUGAUGUCGUGGCCGUGCUACGACAUAUGUGCAAAAAUGAGAUGAAACCGACAAAGACCUUAACGGUGGAACAACAUCGCACCGUGGCUAAUGCAGUCGACAUCCUAGAAGCAUGGAUGGACCUUGGGGAGUACAAGGCAGCCCAAGACACGAUGGCGUUUGCGAGUCUGAUGAACGACAAUUUUAAAUCUUUGCAGGAGACAUCGAAUACACGCAAAACAACAGCAGAAACCUAG